AUGUCUAUCCCCUCCUCGUCGAUCCUAGCGACGAUAGAAACGGCCUCCUUCGACACCAGCUCUGGCCAGCUGCUCGUCUCGAGUGAUCAUCUCAUUUCGACCGCUCGAUCUUACGCUGUCCACUUUGCUCCUUCCUACAUCCCUUCCUUUCAACCACCUCCUAGGGAACCCUACCAAUCCGUACCAUCUCUACCCCUCAACCAAGAUGAACCUUCGCCGACGGACGAUGCUCGACCGAGGAAGAGGAAGCGGAUCAAGAGGAACAGGGAAGACCUCACCCCUUUGGAACAUUGGAGCGCCCGUCAUAACGCCUUACAACGGUCCAGUACGGAUCACGAGACGGCGCAACAUCAUGAACGCAUCUUGGCGAGGUUGACCGAGGCGGUGGAGAAUAUCAGGGAAGAGGUAUUGAGAGGGACAAGAGGUGGUACACUAGACCGAGCUGUGCAAGAACAGACGCCGCCGUCGGAGCAACUCUGGCUGGGGAAUCUUGCUGGCCAAGUCCUCUGGGAGGCCAAGCCAGAGAAUGGGCGACCUGAAUUUGAUUGGGUAUCGUUACUCGAUCUUCCAGAAGAACCGUCUGACGGAGAGGUCGCGCCGGCACCUCUUCGACUGAAUCGCACGACCGAAGAACACGAAAACUCGAAGCUUUCUCCCAUCGAACUACCGAACCGGAUCAUCAUGAACGACUCGCCGGAACGACACGCUCUCCUCAAAUUGACGUCCAAUUCAAGCCUGGUCCUUCCUCCUCGUUCGGCAUUCUUGCUGCAAGACUUUUCUAGGUGGUCCUUACCCGGUUCACCGAUCUGGAGAUUCGCUCAGGUGAUAGGGGGUUGGGAUCUCGUCGUCCUCGAGUGAGUCACAAACCUCGACGGUGUGCGGUUCCUCAUCGAUAUUGGCGCGCUCACUUCCUUGUUCAUCCUAGUCCACCAUGGCCCAAUGCUUCAGCCGCUCGAUCCUCAUCCUAUCACACCUUCGACCCCUACGCCUUGGGCAAACUCGACAUGACGGCCCUCCUCCAGUCGGAGACUUCCACCCGACCCACUCUCGUCGCCGUCUGGUUGACGAACAAAAUCAAGGUACCCAAUUCACCUCCAAUCUACCUACAAGUCCCAGAGAAACCUGAUGUAUCUCUCCUGUCAUCUCUCAUCGCAGUACCGUCGUCUGCUAACGAACCAACUCUUCCCCUCUUGGCGUAUCGACCCUUCGACCCUCGCCGCCUGGUACUGGAUCAAGACCACCUCCCUAGGGCAUCCCCUAUGGUCCCUCGAUUCGACUCAUCGAAGGACGUACGAGCCUUUACUCAUGGGUUACUCGUUACCGAAAAAGUACGAUAAGGUGAAAUACCCUCUUCCGGCUUUGCCGAGGGACAAGGUUUUCUUGGGUGUUCCAUUGGGGCAUUCGAGGAAACCGGUUUUGGGCGAGUUGUUGGAGGGGUUCUUGGUGCGUAGGGAUGAGGCGGAGAGGGAAGGUAGGAAUGUGUUGGAGUUGUUUGGGAGGACAUCGGUUGGACCCACUUUGGGGAGGAGGGGAGGAGGGGAUUCGAAGGCUGGGGUGUGGCUGAGCGUCGGAAACGAGGCGUGCAAGUUCAAUGUCGUUGAGGAAGGUGGGACCUACAAGGGGUGGCUUAGAGAAAGGACAGAGGGAACCGCACAGCAGUGUGAAGCGUCAGAAGCAAAGAAAGAGGAAGCUGCGUAG